AAACACAUUUUAGUUGUUAUUAGAAAACCUUGUUCCCAGCUUAUCCUUGUUCUCCCAGACAAUAUCCUAGGUUUCCCCAAGCCCCACACAGGUGGUUACCCACGGAGGAUGUAAAGGGCCGUGGUGAUGAGACCAGACAUCAUGUCUGCCUUGUUUACAAACAUCACAUUGUUAACAAAGAGCCUGGCGAAGUCAAGACUGCAAAUAUGAUUUGGGGUACCACAUCUUGCUAUUCAGAACAAAAUAAAUCUAUCCAUUUAAGAGGGUGUCAGCUGGGGUGCAGUGGUGCACACCUGUAAUGCUAGCACUCUGGGAGGCUAAGGCAGGGAAAGAAAUGGCUGGGGAACAGAGCUCUGUGCGAAGUACUGGAUUCAGUCCCCAGCACUGCAGGGGAGAAGGGAAGUGUCAAUCUGGAGUCCAAGUCCUUCUUGAAAUCGGAUGCAAAACUUCUUCUGCAGGUGCAUCUUUUUCACGGCAAAGGGUCCCACUGCUUUUAUCUAAUUCAUAACCUAAAACGUCGUAACACAGGUAAGAACCCAUGACCUAUGCAGUUCUCUAAGAGUUUCCAGUGCUAGUCCAGCUCCCCCUGCGGGAAUGAACGAGUCAAAAUUCCAGCGUCCACCAAGUGCAAAAUGGGGGUGGGCGGUGCACCCGCAACACCUUGGGAGGAAAUAAAGCACACACGGAAAACCGAGGAACCCUAAAAGGGGAAGGCGUUUGGCUUAAUGUGGUGCAACUGCUGAGGUUCUGAGAUCUACCGAGAAGGAAGGGCAACCUAUUUGCCUGUUGGUUGUGUUCGUGGGUUUUCUACGUUUGGCUGGGAGGGGCGAGAUGGUUCAACUUGUUUUACAUCAAAUGGGAGUUGUAUGAGUUUAUAGUGAAUUUCCAUCGCUACCACCCAUAAUUUUCUAGUUAUUCUAUCAUCCACUAAUUCUUUUCUUCCGUCAGCGUUGUCGCGCGAAGGCCGAUCUGAAACCGGAGGAGAGGGCACAAGACGACUAGAAAGCUCCACCGGCGGCCAAGCACGGGUUUGCGUCCUGCGGUCCCUUUAAGAGAAGAACCUCUUGGGACCGGCAGUCCCAACCGACCCUAGUUUUAACUGAAACCUAACCCGGACUUCCCCCUCUUGACUCAAAUAAGACCAACUUUGGAUUUUCCCUCCCCUGCUAACCAAUCAGAUUCUGUUACCAGGCAGACUUCAGCAGCCGCCUGUGCUAGCCGGCGCCUUCGGUCUCCGGGUAGCAGCAACAACCAAUCACCAAGCAGGUCGUCCGUGUAUCCAGGCAGAUCGCGGCGACCACAGCCAUUCACAAAAAGGAAAAUAAAGCAACGCAGCAGCCCGCUGGGCCGGGGCCGUGGGGCUGGGCUGGAGUGAAGGUGGCUACGAGGUAGUUUCUCUUUCUCCCUUACCUUUAUUUGUGCUUGUGUUGGAAGGCGACUGCUCAGAGCUCUAGCCUUAUGCUGGAAUGGCCGAAGAUGAGCCUGAUGCUAAAAGCCCCAAGACUGGGGCAAGGGCGUCCCAAAGUGGUACUGAGUCUGGGGAACCCACCACCCUUCUUCAAAGGCUCCGAGGUACCAUUUCCAAGGCCGUGCAGAACAAAGUAGAAGGAAUCCUGCAAGAUGUACAGAAAUUCUCAGACAACGACAAGCUGUAUCUCUACCUUCAGCUCCCCUCAGGACCCAGCACUGGUGACAAAAGCUCAGAGCCAAGCACACUCAGCAGUGAGGAGUACAUGUAUGCCUACAGGUGGAUCCGCAACCACCUGGAAGAGCACACGGACACCUGUUUACCAAAGCAGAGUGUUUAUGAUGCUUAUCGUAAGUACUGCGAGAGUCUUGCCUGUUGCCGCCCACUCAGUACAGCCAACUUUGGCAAAAUCAUCAGAGAGAUCUUCCCUGAUAUCAAGGCCCGAAGGCUUGGUGGCCGCGGCCAGUCCAAAUACUGCUACAGUGGUAUACGGAGGAAGACGUUGGUGUCUAUGCCACCCCUACCUGGACUUGACUUAAAGAGUUCUGAGAGUCCAGAAAUGGGCCCAGAAGUAACCCCAGCACCUCGGGAUGAACUGGUAGAGGCAGCCUGUGCUCUGACCUGUGACUGGGCAGAGCGAAUCCUGAAACGGUCCUUCAGUUCCAUUGUUGAGGUUGCCCGCUUCCUGCUGCAACAGCAUCUCAUCUCUGCCCGAUCUGCACAUGCCCAUGUGCUUAAGGCCAUGGGGCUUGCUGAAGAGGAUGAACAUGCCCCUCGAGAACGGUCAUCUAAGUCCAAGAAUGGUGUAGAGAACGUGGAGGGGGGAGCCCACAAGAAACCAGAGAGACCAGCCCAGCCUCCUAAGGAGCCAGAAGCCCGGGCUGGCACUAGCCCUUCUGCGCGUGGAGAGCGGAAGAAGAGUGUAAUCGAAAGCUUGCCUCCAGCAGCCAGUAACCCACAGGUUAAUGUCCUAGUGGCCCGGCUGCCUCUGCUCCUCCCCCGAGCCCCUCGCUUACUUAUUCCGCCAAUCCAAGUCACUUCACCUAUCCUGGCCCCGAAGCUUUCUUCAGGCACCCUGAAAGUAGCUACACUGCCUCUGCCCAAUAGGGCUGGGGGACCCCAGGCGGCUAUGCCCAUCAUUAACAUGAUCUUACCAACUGUUCCUGCUUUGCCUGGGCCCGGGCCCGGACCAGGGCCAGGACCAGGGCCAGGACCAGGGCCAGGACCAGGACCAAGACCAGGGCGAGCUCCACCUGGAAGACUAACUCAUCCCCAGGCCACGGAGAACAGGGAGGUAGGCAUAGGUGCUGACCCAGGACCCCACGAAAAGGGUGUCAAGAGGACAGCAGAAGUACCUGUCAGUGAGGCCAGUGGCCAGGAUCUGCCAGCUAAAGCAGCAAAGCAGGAUACAGAGGAUCCAGCAAGUGAUGCCAAAAGAAAACGGGGGCGCCCCCGAAAAAAGUCAGGUGGAAGUGGGGAAAGAAAUUCCACCCCUGAGAAGUCAGCAACAGCCAUGGACUCUGCCCAGUCCUCAAGGUUACCAUGGGAGACUUGGGGCCUAGGAGAGGAAAGCAACUCCACUGGAGGAGUAGAAAGGCCAGGGCCAGUGCAAGAGGCUGAGCAGGGGGCAGUACAUGCCCAAGGUCAGGGUGAUGGUGCUGUUUCUAAAGGAGGAAGGGGGCCUAGUUCCCGGCAAGCCAAAGAAGCAGAAGAUAAAAUUCCUGUCAUCACCCCCAAAGUGAGUGUCAUCAGGGGCAGUAGAAGCCAAAAGGAAGCUCUUCAGGUGGUAAAGGGAGGGGCAGACACUGCAGCACAGGGUAAUAAAGGCUUAAAGGGGCAUGUGCUUCAAAGUUCCUUAACUCGUGAGUGUAAAGACCCUAAAGCAACACCCCCAUGACAGGCAGGUCCAUAGGGUAGUGUCCAUAUCCAUAUGUUAACCACGUGACUGCCUGGUAGAGGCCUUUCUCUGUACUUGAUUCUCAUUCAGCUAUUCCUUCCCUACGGAAGUCCAUUCUCUGUGCAGACUGCUGAAUCACCCAGUCUUACAUAGUGCCUGGUGGCAGCCUCUGACCUUCCCAGCUCAAUACUUUGGCUCUGGUGUAACCAAUAAAUCCAUAGUAACCUAACCUGCAUCCCUGUGCCCUCCUGUGGGAAGAUAGGCAUGGGGUAAGUAUGGUGAGUGUUAUAGGUUAGGGGUCUUCUGGUUUUCAGUCAUCGAAAACCUAACUCAGAAUGGCUUACAAUAAAAAGGAUGUAUUGUCUUAUGAACUGAAAAGGCCACAAGUAGUGCUGGCUCCAGGUGAAGCUUGAUUCAACUGUUCAGAAUGACUCUAGAUAUCUAAAUGAUUUCUAAUCUCACUGUUCCACCUAAUGUAAAAUCACCUUAAGUCUGGGCCACCUCAUACCUGCCAGCACUCCUGGAUUACAUGUUUGUCCAAUUAUGUGUAACCACGAAUCCUAGCAAAAGUCUGAAGAUUCGCAGUGAUUAGGCCAGCCUGAGUCAACCAGUGAGGCCAGGAAGAUGGGAUGUUAAUGUGCUUGUUCUACAUCACAGACUUUUGCAGAUCAGAGUCCUUGCACGCACAGGUUCCCCAGAUGGAGACUAGGCUGGGAGUUUGCUGGGAGGCACUGCCUCCUCGCUGCAGCUAUGAAGUGCAUUGAGGUUCUAGAUUGCUUGGCUGAGAUCAGCUCAGUCUGCUCCCUUUUUCCUCAGUCUUGCAUUUCCCCUUACUGCAGCUGUAACUGUUCCCUCUUGUUCUGUUCUAGUCUCAAGGAAGGAGAGGGAAGUCAUUUUCUUUUCAGGGUCUCUCUCAGUUUAGCUUAGAUGACAACACUUUUUUCCACCUACAUCUCAGACAUCGAGUUCCUUCCUUUUCCUAUUUCUGAAUUUUCACUUUUUCAUUCCUGCUUCCCUAUCCCCCAGUCUACUACCGCUUUCACCACCUGGAGUGAAAGAUUUCUUUCCUAGUCAUUUCAUUAAAUUCAUUCUAUAUCUACCAGGUGUCAGUGUCUUGUCAUACAUGUGUCAGGACUUUGCCAGGACUGUGGGGUUUAGGCCAAAUGUAUGGAAAGAGGUAGGUCUGGAGCCAGAACGUACCAAUGGGAAGGGGAUUCCGACCCUCCAGGUGUGUCCUUGGGAAAAGCAGUAAAAAAAACCCGUAUUUAUUGAGGACCUACUUUAGGGUAGCUUAUGUCAGGGAAUCUUGGCUCUUCCCAAGAAACAUACUUUCCUUCAGGGAGAUAUCACGCAUUUGUCCAUUUAUUUCCACUACCACAGAUUUUUUAAAAUUAUAAUAUAUGAUACUUGCUAUCUAUAAAGAAUAUAUAGCAUGAAUAAAUUAUGAAAGACAAUGAGCACCUAUGACCACCACUCAAUUUAUACAUUAAAAUUAGAAAUACCAUUGAGUUUGUGUUCCUCUCUAUUCCUGUCCCCUUGCUGCUGCUUAAAGGUAACCACUGUCCUUAAUUUUAUGUUUAUUAAUGACUUGUUAUGUGUGUAUAUAUAUAUAUAUAUUAAUCAUAUAUGUAUAUAUUCUUUUAAAAUGAUUGGUUUUGCUUGUUUUCUGGCUUUUCAAAAGCAUUAUACAUUACUAGUCCCUUGAAGUUUGUUUUUUUGCACUUACCACUGUUUCUAAGAUUCAUCCAUGCUGUUGUAAUAGCUGUGAUUUGUUCAUUUUCAUCUGUGUAAUAUUCUGUCAAGUGCAUAAACCACAUGUUAUUUGGCCAGUCACCUAUCAAUGGAUAUUUGGGCUAUUUCCAGUUUCUCACUGUUACAAACAAUGCUGCUAUGAACAUUCCUGUACAUGUUAGUGCCUUUGUUUUUAGUAAGAUUUCUGAGGAAGUUUCCAAGGUGGUUCUUUUAGUCUGUAUACUCUCUGAGUUGGGAACUGUCCUCUUGUCCUAUCCUCUGGAAGAGUUUACAUCAGAGUGAAAUGUACUGUUCCUUGAAUAUCUGGUAAAACUUAACUUGUAAAACCA